AUGAUUAAUAGGCCGAUGGACCAUAGGUAUCCCGUGUGGGUCAACGAUGAACCGGAUACCGAUUUGGAUAACAUGAUAGUUGACAUCCUCAAUGGUCAACUAAAUGAGAGGUUUUGGGAUGGACUGACGUGUACCGAGGGCGUGAAAAGAAAAUAUCAGGCGAGGGCACCUGCUGUUCCAGAUACAGUGGAUGAGAUUGAGUCAGUGAAAGGCCUCACAACAAAAAUAGAAAGCAUCGAUGUUAGUGUAGCUGACAAGGUUAUUAAAGCAAUCGAAGCUACCAUAGAUGCUAGAGUGGAUGCUAGAGUGGAUGCUAGAGUGGAAGUACAACAAGCUGAAUUAAAGAAGAAUAUUGCAAGAUUGGAGGAAGAAGUAAAUUUUCUUAAAACCAAGGUUGUUGUGGCAUCUCCUGAUGUGAAUAUUUCUGCUGGUGUGGGCAACUCUAAGGCGUAUGAGGAUGAUGGCGGUAGUAGCAACGAAUUGUCAUGGAUCCUUCAGAAGAAGAUCGGUUCAAAAGAUGGACUACCAAUGCAAUGUGUUGUGAAGAAGGAGAAAAUAGAUAAGAAGACUAUCAAGAAGGACGAUCUUAAGAACAAGGAAGUGAAAAAGAAAGGAAGGACAACUCAAAUACCACUUAAAAAGGUGAAGCUAGAGAAGGCGUUCGAGAUCCCACAACUAAAUGAUGCAUCGAUUUCGACAGCAGGUUUGGAAACAACUCAGAUGUGGGAGAAGAGUGUACAAUGUAGGGCUGUGUUGGACAAGCUUGCGGCAACUUACUUGGAUCCUUCCCAGAAACGCAAAACGCAGUUGACGCAGACUCAAAUGGAUGUAUGA